GCUUGCUUAGAGAAAACACUAGCACACUUUUGUUUCUCUCUCUCUCUCUCUACAUAUAUCUACCAGGAGCUUACUCUGCCAGCUUCUAUAUAUCCUCCUAGCAGCUAACUGUUUCAGCCCCUGUGCGGCCAUUCUUCAUUCUGCUGCUUGCCACCUCUUCACAAAGCAGGCCUUCUUCUGUAGCUCUAAGCGUCUUGCAAGCUCAGCUGCUGCUUGUGAGAAGGUCCCAUCUGCUUGAGUUCAGCAUCAAUGGCGGCGGAAGAGGCAAAGAAGGUGGAGGUGGAGGCGACCAAGGACAUCGCUGAGGAGAAGGCGAUUGUGCCGCUGCCGACUCCACCGGCUGCAGCCAAGGUCGACAAGCCGGCCGACGACUCCAAGGCCAUCGUUGCUGUCAAGGACGCUGCUGGGAAACCUGCAGCUACAGGAGGUUCAACUGAAAGAGAUGCUUAUCUCGCGAAAAUUGAAUCCGAGAAGAGAUUGACUCUGAUCACUGCAUGGGAGGAGAGUGAGAAGGCGAGAGCUGAGAACAGGGCUGCCAAGAAGCUUGCGUACGUCACUUCUUGGGAGAACGCAAAGAAAGCAGAGAUGGAGGCCGAGCUUAAAAAGAUCGAGGAGCAACUGGAGAAGAAGAAGGCGGCGUACGAGGAGAAGCUGAAGAACAAGCUGGCGAUGCUCCACAAGACGGCGGAGGAGAAGAGGGCGCUGACGGAGGCGAAGCGCGGGGAGGAGAUCAUCAUGGCGGAGGAGCUGGCCGCCAAGUACCGCGCCAAGGGUGAGGCUCCCACGAAGCUCUUCGGCCUCUUGAAAGCAUAAGAAACCCACGAUCUCUGCCGAAGAUAUGCACACGUUGGGAUUGUUACCUGUAGACUUGGUGCAUGGCAUGUUUGUGGUUUGUGAAUGUGUACUUGAAGAAGGCCACCGGUGUGUAUUAAUUAAUUUUGUUGUUGGAAGGUUUGAUAUCUGGUGCAGUUUGUAAAAAGGAAUUCAUUCUGUAUAUGCAUAGGAGUGCAGCUCAGCUCUGAUGGAUGGAUGUAUACCCUUUUUUUGUCC